GUACCUUCUGGAGGACUGCUCUUCAUCCAGAACUUUUAGCACACUCCCGUUUCAUAAACGCUUCUGUGAAGCUCAGUCGGGUCUCUGCACUUCUUUUGAGAGAGGACGACAAACUCGCGUAAUAACUUAAGCUCUCCAAAUAACGUUAGCAAUUGCACUUUAGGAACUCUAGCCCAAAAUAAAAAAUUGCAACUGUAACAAAGAAGUGUGAGAAUCCUGCUUUAGCAUUGUUCCAUACAGGUUGAAGAUGUGGGGCUUUAUUAUAGUAGCAUGUUUGUGCCAAGGAAUUUACAGUUCAGAAGAAUUCAAAGCUUCAGAAAAACCUGUGACUGCAGAUACAGUGGAUCCUGAGUGUUUUAUGAAUGUUAGUGAGAUUAUCCAUUAUCAUGGAUACCCAAGUGAGGAACACCAUGUUGAGACAGAGGACGGAUAUAUACUUACAAUCAACAGAAUACCUUGUGGAAGAUACUGUGAUGCAGACAAAGAUAAUGCCGUGGGAAAGGGUCCAUGGCCCAGUGUGUUUUUGCAACAUGCUUUGCUUGGAGAUGCUACCCACUGGAUUUCGAACUUGCCCAGCAACAGUUUGGGUUUCAUAUUGGCAGACACUGGGUAUGAUGUUUGGCUUGGAAACAGCAGAGGAAAUCUUUGGUCUUCAAAUCAUAAAACAAUGAGAAGAAAUGAAAAGAAAUUCUGGGAGUUUAGUUUUCAUGAGAUGGGAUACUAUGACCUUCCAGCUGUUAUACACUUCAUUCUGAAUAAAACCGGGCAGGAACAACUAUAUUACAUAGGCCAUUCUGAAGGCUCCACAAGUGGUUUCAUAGGAUUCUCUACUUGGCCAAAACUGGCUGAAAGAAUCAAAGUAUUCUUUGCUUUGGCACCUGUAGCCACAGUGACAUUUUGCACAACCCCACUCACAAACCUAGCGCGUAUUCCUGAGAUGAUCAUGCGCGCAAUAUUUGGCCAGAAAAAUAUUUUUGAUUACGCUAUACAUUGGAAAACGCCAGUCUCUAGGUUUUGCACUUAUCAGCCUAAAUAUUGUGCCAAAGUUCUUUCCUUUGUGGCUGGAUAUAACACCCCCAAUUUCAACCUGAGCCGAAUGGACGUGUAUGCAAGCCAUUCUCCUGCUGGAACAUCUGUGCAAAAUGUGUUUCAUUGGAAACAGAUGCAUCUGAGAAAACAAUUUGAAGGAUAUGACCAUGGUUCAGAGGAAAAGAAUAUGGAGAAGUACAAUCAGACAACGCCUCCUGUAUACAGGAUAGAAGAUAUUCAAAUACCGAUCGCAAUAUGGACUGGAGGGCAAGACUUGUUUGCACACCCAAGUGAUGUAAAACUAUUACGCCCACGGAUUACUAACCUCAUUUAUGAAAAGCAUAUUCCCGAAUGGAACCACCUAGAUUUUAUCUGGGGAAUUGAUGCAACUGAGCGCAUGUAUAGGGAGAUCAUAGAGAUAAUGAAGAAGUAUCCAUAGUGCUGAUCACUGAUGUUUGGAAGUCUUAGGGAAGGGGGACAUGUACACAGAGAUCAUGGAUAAAGCAAUUAGAACUGCUGUAAUUGAGUUGACCACUGAGAAUAUUCAUAUUCUUGUUCAGAGGAUAUCCAUAAUCUUUGAUGCAACUGUACAUAGAAAUAACUGAGAUGAUGAUGAUGAAGAAAAAUCUAUAUACUACACUCAAUGCCGCUUUGGAGAUGAAGAUAUUAAUCCCUCUUUCGCAACCUCUUUUCUUUGCAAUACCUUUGUAAUUUGCAAGCGUUUAAUAAGGUGUGAGCUGAGAGAUAUUUAGUUAGUUUUCCCUUGAUGCAACUAUGUUGUUGUAACAAGUUACAUAUAUGGCAAAACAGCACAGUGCUUCCCAAACUUCGGUUGCCUGCUGUUUUUUGGACUACAGUUCCCCUCAUCCCUGACCACUGGGUUCUGCUAGCUAGGGAUGAUGGGAGUUGUAGUCCAAAACAGCUGGAGACCCAAGUUUGGGAAACACUGACAUAAAUAAUCUUGGGAUUUCUUUUUAUUAGUGCUUUUCUUCUAGAAAAAAGGUUCUGGUACUACAUACCCUUGAGUACCCCCAAGAGGGGAACCCACUGCUUUCUACUUUACUAUUGUAUUGUUGGUCAGAGAAGAAAACAAACUUAAUUAGAUGUUACCUGGGUUUCUUCUCAAACACUUGGGUUGCCUGCUGUUUUUUGGACUACAGUUCCCCUCAUCCCUGACUACUGGUUCUGCUAGCUAGGGAUAAUGGGAGUUGUAGUACAGCUCUAGAUGGGAAAAUGUAUCUGUUUGACAUUUGAAAUGCACAGGGAGAGAGAGAAAAAUCCAAACAGCACAAUCUAAAUAAUUUCUGGGCAUCUAAAAUUGCUCGCUUAUUGGCUCCUUCAGUCUUCCGAAGAAAAGAAUGGCCUGUCAACACAGCUAGCAGCAAAUACUUCCCAGAUUAUCUUUUAAUAAAUAUUGAAAAGAAAAUGGUAGCUCCUAUUAUCAUUUUGUAGAUCUCUGCUGUUCAGUCUUCUGUCUACUUUCAACCUGUCAACCACCCUGUCUGAAUUCCCUCUUCCUUUAUCACCCUACUUCCCAGGUACUUAGUGCGGUUUUGCUUCUACUGGGAGUGGGAACAGCACAAUGUAUAAGAGACAGAGAUAUUCAGCUUCCCAAGCUUUCUGCUCCUGCCAAGGCAUGCCCACACAGCCCUUUGUUCUGCCAUUUAUGAUGCCCAUGUCAUAAAUUGGCAGCUCUUUCUAAUUCUAUGUAGUUGAGAAUGUACACCUUGUGUAAAAAAAUAAUAAUACAAAAUAGAUCUUUACUGAUUAAU